AUGGAGGUUAAAAAUGUUUUCUUUCCUACAGAAAAUACAAAGGACAUUCUGGUGAUUUAUGAAGAAGAGGCAGAAGAAUGGGCUCUGUAUUUAAAAUCGCUUUUCAAACACAUUAUAAAGGAAGAAGGAAUCUUACUUUACAACCUAGAGACUUUAUCUUUUCAGCAUCUGGGGUCACACUCUCUAUCCUGUUAUAGAUGUAAACUGCUCAUACUAUCAAAUGGACUUCUAAAAUGCCUGGAUCAAAAUAGAAGAUAUUUCUUGGACAGGGUCCUUGAGCCUCCAGGUAGGGUAGUGAUUCUACUUUGUGGGGUGGAGAACUCAGACGUUCUACAUGAGAUACUGACCUUAGACCAAAGAAGCCAAGAGAUCUCCACCGAUCAGGAUCCCGAGGAAUAUCUCUCCAUUGUUGCUGGUGUUAUUCAACAAGAUGAACCACAGAAUGAAGAAGCCGAGGAGUCACUGUCUUGCAUCUAUGAAACAGUUCUUGCAGAUGAUUACCGAGAUCACUCUGAAGUUAACUUGCAGUUGGAUGAAGGAGGAGUAUCAGUGAAAACAGAUGUGAGUUUGGAAACUGAGGUAGUUUCUGAAACGUUGGAAACUAUAAGACCAUCAGUAUUGGUGCUACCAGAAAGGAUAUCAUGUGAGAACCCUGGUGAAAUAUUCAUUCUUUUGAGAGAUGAAAUAACUGAAACUGUAGAAAUUGAAUUCAUAACAGACAAUCAACGAAUUAGGACACAACCAGCCUUUUGGAAUCAGACGGUCAGAUGCAUGAAAGCUUUAGAUUUUCCUGCUGGCCCUGUAAAUGUAAAUGUCUACUGUGGGGGAGUCAUUAAGGCCGUGACACAGAUUGAAUACUACACAGCAGUAGAGGAGAUUGAACGCAUAUUUAAAAAAGUGGCUGAUCCAAUAGCUUUUGCUUGUCAGGCUUUCAAGUUUUCUUCUGUGGAGAAGCUUGACAGUACUCUGACCUUCUUAGUGAAAAGCAAGGAGUCUGCUUAUGAAUUCAGCGCUUUCCCGAAUGAAGUGCACCAUCAACAAGCUAAUUCCUAUUGGGAAGAGCUUCCUACACUUCUCCACUGUGCAGCUAAAUUUGGAUUAAAGAACCUUGCUACUCUUCUACUCCAGUAUCCUGAGGCAAGUCAGGCUUGCAGAAUAGCCAACAAACAUGGAGAGAAACCAGCACAUAUUGCUGGAAAGCACGGGCACAACGAACUCCAAAAAAUCAUCCAAGAAUUGUCAAUUAAUACAACCGAUAAAGAAGAUGGUGAUCAGGAGGAGGAGGAGGAAGAUGGAAUUUAUGUGGCCAUGCUGAGCUCAGCCCCUCACAUUACCUCUCCAUUAACAGAUAGACAGAGCGUAGGAGACCAGAAUGGAGUCAGACAGAAAGCCUGGGAGGAAUCAGGCAAGAGGGAAGAGGAGAAGAAGGAAGAAAAGGAAGAGGAAGCUAAAGAAGUCAAGGGAGUGGAAGAAAAGAAAGAUGAAGAAAAUAAUUCAGAGGAAAAGUCAUACAGCUUUGAUGACGACAAUGACAAUUUAUAUGCCAGCAUACCUGAUAACGAUCCUGAAGUGGGUGGAAGAGACUCCUUUUUCCUGGACAAGCCACCCCUACCUCCUCGAGAUCCAUCUCCCACUAUAAAACAAGAUUAUAUUCACUACUUUUCACAAGCAAGGAAAUGGGAUGAAGACAGAAAGGAAAGAGACGAGACUUCUGGUCAUCUGGAAGUAUACGGUGGAGAAGAAGAUAAAUCUGAGGACGAUGACGAGGAUCCGUAUACUUUUGCCGAGUUGGAUGAAAGUGUGUAUGAUAUGAUACUGGCAUCUGAUGAGGAGAAAAGAAAGCAACACGGAUCCUUUAUUAUAAACCGGCCACCAGCACCUACCCCUCGUCCAUUGAGUUCCCCUAAAGAAGAGAACACUCCCUAUAUAGUACAAGUGUUUCAGCAAAAGGGCUCCAGAACUCAGAGUGAUAACGAGAAGAUGUACUAUGCUUUCAGGAAACAAGACAAAGUUCGAACUGACACUUCCACCUAUACGACUUUGAGACACAACAUCCCUUCUGGACAGGAAGAACUGAUCCUUUUGCAGGAACAGGUGAAGAAGGGAACAAUUACUGUGGAUGAAGCACUUGAGAAAUUUAAACAAUGGCAGAAUGAAAAAAGCAGAUUAGAAGUUCCACAGCAGGAAAAAGUACGCCAGCUCAGAGAUAGCAUUAUUGGGAAAAGACCAGAAGAAGAAAUUUUGUAUGACAAAAUCACCAUUGAACAUCAUCCAAAUGUUUGUGGGGAAAACCUUCAGUUUAGAGACCUGCUGUACACCACACCAUUUAACAAACUGUCUCCACCUCGAAACCCACCAGAAAAGGAACAGAUGCCUAAAGAUAAUUAA